AUGACGGAGCCUGACCCCAUUUCGCGUAUCCACUCAGAGGUUUCCAUAUCAAGCCUUGAGGAAGCAAGAGAACGUCUUACUGCGCUGCUUUUGCAAGUGAUGGAUUACAAGAGAGGCAGAGAGAAAGACGCGAAUCAUCAAGCCGCAGAUGGUGAUAUCUCGCGAAAUAGAAUCGGGCAGAGUCUCUCCCAGUGGUGGGACGCAAUGGAGGCAUGGUUGUUACAGGAGCACAAUUCCUUAAGCUCAAAGGAGCACAAUGGAAUUACGUGCCUCCGAAUCCUUUAUCUGACUGGAUACAUCCUCCUGACCGUGCCUCGAGGGGCGGAAGAAAUCCUGUAUGACAACCUCCGUGAAGAGUUCUCGAAGAUUGUCGAAUAUGCUUCUGUUCUGGCACUAGCGCCAGAAGAUGACGGUGAGCACAGCUGUUCGCACGAACUCGGCAUCUUACCUGGUUUAUAUCUGACUGGAACCAAAUGCCGUGAUCCUACCCUCCGACGUCGGGCAUUGGCACUUCUGACAUCUUGCCGAAGGAGGGAGGGCGUUUGGGACAGUGAGUCGGCCUCGAAGGUCGUAUCUAGGAUCAUUUCCAUCGAAGAGAAAAGCGGCAAGGUACAUAGCUGUAGAGAUGUUGUUGAGGGGAGCCGAGUGAGGGACACCUGGCUCCUGAAACCAUCCAACAUGGACAGACAUGCUCCUCUUGUGUUCACCCGCAGGUCACGAACAGACGCUGCAUUGGAGAUUAUUGAGGAGCAGAUUCAAUGGUGA